AUGCCAAUUCCGUUCGUGAGCCCGGUCAUCUUGCAACUAUUUCGUAAGACGGUUCAGCUCUUGAACAUCAAGCUGAUCCGACCCUCGAGCUGGAUCGGGUGUUCCGCCGCCACCACAUCUUUUGAUGGAGAUUGCGGUGGUCAACGCUUUCUGUUGGGGCGUAAUUUGAACCACCGCGACGUGAAGGGCGUCCGGAAGAGUUACCUCGUCCGCUGGUGUGGCUAUCCACCGGCGUGGGACAGCUGGGAGCCUCGUGCCCAGCUGAUUAAUGAUGUCCUGGGUCUCAUCGAGCAAUAUGACGAGACCCACCCGCUGCAUUUAAAGAAAGGCCGUCGGAAACGACCUCAUCGAACGCGAGUACAGGGAUUGCAAAGUGUAAAUCCCUUCGGCCAUCUCAGAAGAGAUGCGCGCCCUCCAGUAUGGGUCAUCACGAAGGUAGGCCUCCGUAGGGGCACGUUCGAGUUUUCCAGGCAACCUGGACACGGUUCGCCCCGCUAG